AUGGUCACAUCUUAGUAAAAUAUUACGAUUGUACUCUCUAGAGUGAGAGGAGUUUAAAGUUCAAGAUUUCUGAGAAAGAAAUGUGAUGUCUCUCAAUACUGCCUAGUCUAGCUAUCAAACAAAGAUAGCAAGGCAAUAUUACCCCACAAUACUUUAAUUACAGAUUUAAUAAGUCCUUACAAAAUAGAGGAAUUCAUGAUAGCUAAAACACAGCAGUAUCUUUAUCAUUAGGAAAAGGACGAGACAAACUCUACAUGUAGUCCUAUUAGAAUUAUAAGAUCAGAUGUUGAUAACUCACUGGAGAGGUUGAUAAGUUCCCCAGCAUAGACUAUAUAUGUCUAACCUUCUGACGAAAAUGAUGAAGUGGUUUAACUGAAUUAAUCAUGCAGUGAAUCUUAAAUGUAAAUGAAUACUGAUCGCCAGCACAAUAGAAAUAAUUCAAAGAGUUCUACAAAACAAAGUCAAAAAUCAAAUAGUAAACUGAAUCGAAAAAGCAAGAUUAUGCAGCAGUCUGUGUAUCAAUAAAAUAAUAAGGACUAAGGUGUGAAUCAAAGCACAAGUAACUACCUCUAGAACUAUAUAACUUCUAAUAGAUAAUCCCACAAAAAGUAACCUUCAAGCAGUAGCAGCAAUAUUAUACCUAUCACUCAUUUUUAAGUGAAGAAGCAUUCAGUAAAUGACACAGCCUUCAAUUAUAAUGGUUAAAUAGCUCCAAAUUAAGGAUAAUCUAACACUGGAUCAACUUCAACAAAUACUAAUACCGGUGGAGUUAAUUCUUUAAGCAGAGGUAACUCAAUGAAGAAAAUGAAAACCUUUUGUAAUGGCAGUACUGGAAGUAACCCAGCCUAGACUACUUCAUAUUAAAAUUAAAAUACUAAACCAGGUUCAUCGCUUGGUCAAACUUCUAAUCAUCCCCAGGUUUCUGGCUUUAAUAAGUAAACAAAGAAAAUAGUUCAUAAGGGAGGAAAAAGUGUAAAUAUGUACUCUACUUUAAACGGACAGAGUUAACCUUAAAAUGCGUUAAAGAAAUCUUAGCCAAAGGAGGCCCAUAGAGAUAUGAUUAAAGAAAAUUUUAGAGAUAAUGCUUUUGUAAAAAUUAUUUAAGAAGAUUAUAAUCAGACAACUAGAAAUGAAAAAACUCCAGCAUAAAGUCGAUAAUUAGUGAGAGAAAACUUGGUCCAAAGUAAUCAGGCCAAGCCUCAUGGUUCUAUGAAAUAAAGUUUUACAAGCAAUUAAGAUCAAGCAUUAAUUUUUAACAAGUAGCAUUCAUAAUAACAUUAACAAUAGACUAUUCAAGAGAGACCAUAAAUCAACAAUUUAAACGAAAUAUUUUCAGAUUUCCUGGAUGAAUAAUCUUAGAUAUAAUCUUCCAGCCAAACUAAAGGAAAGAUUUAAUCAAAAGUUAGAGCUGAAAGCUUGCAUUCUAGAUAAUAAGUAUUAUUAGAAGAAGAUUCAUUAGAAAAUAUGAAAAAACUCCCAGAGUAAUAUAAUCAUGGAUAUCUUUAAACUGAGCAAUAUAACUCUGGCCUAUAAGACUCACAAUCAAUCUCAGGCAACCAAGCUACACAAAGAGCUAUUAAGCACAUGGCGCACAAAUCAAUGUACGCUUUGAAUUCAAACUAAUCAAGACUGGGUAAUUAGAAGAAGUCUUUAGGGUAAAUCUCUUAAUCAGGAAAGAAUCAAAACGGAUAGGGAUAGCAUUUCGGAACAUUUGACAAUUCUCAUGCAUUUUACAAUCAUCAGUAUGCUAUUACAACAAUGUCUGAAUGUCCUAACUAUGAUAACUUAGUCUUGACAGAAAAUUACAACAUUUGCAAUAUUAAUCCUAACACUGGUGCCAAUAUUAAUGAUAAUAUGAGUUCUUCAAAGUUAAAUUAGCAAUAGCAUAGUUUAAGACUAAACACUGAAAUGGAUAUCACUAACAAAGAAAAUAUAAACAAUUAGAGAGAAAACUUUGAUGGCUUAGGAAAAAGAGGAGGAACAAUGGGAUACACUGCUAAUGUGAGAAGUGAUAGCAAUCCAACUAAACAUAGAGUAAGAUACCAUUUUAUCAUUAAAUUCUAUAGAAUAAUCGAUACAGUGACUAGCAAGAUGAUUUACUGA